AUGCAAUCAUUUCUGGGAAGUCUGAACUAUUAUAGCCUUGAAGACUACGCGAUCUACGCGUCGGUUCUGUACGAAUUGCGAGAAAUCGACUUUGCUGCGAUGGCGAAAGAGGCUACCCAAGGGCGGAUCCAACAAGAAGAUCGGAACGUCGAUCACCGAAGGACCUUGGAUCCGGAGGCGUCUGAUCCUAUCGAGGUGGAUCCGCGCUGGAUCCAUGCCCAUCGGUCCUUCAACGUGCUUAAAACCAGGAUUGCUACAACUCCAAUCUUACGACACUUCGACCCAGAUAGGAAGACCACAGUGGUGGUGUACGCCAGCGACUGGGCCAUCUCGGGAGCCUUCAUGCAGGAAUACGACCAGAUCUACUACCCC